AGGGCCUCAGCCAGGCCUGACCUCAGAAGGGUUAACAUGGCCUCUUUGUCCCAUGGUUGCCAUGGGGACAGUUCCUGUCCUUCAGGAAGCAGGGAGAGCAGUUUCCUGUUUUGAAGAAGGCUCGAGGGCUGUUUUCCUCCAAUCAGCCUGCCCAAAGAGGGACAGGAAGCCUAGCGCCGGGCCACCCCUAAUGCUGGGUGUGUGGUGGAGCCAUGCCCACACCCAGCCAGCCAGGAGGGGCCGUUGUGGAAAUGCGGCCUCAGGAAAAAGCCAAACGGGCAGCAGAAGGAAAAAAAAUGGCUGGCCGGAAGAGGGCGGUCACUUCCUCCACAGACCCUGGAUCCCACCCAGUGGUGAUAAAAACUCCGAGUGGCCCUGCCCAGCCUCAGACUCCCCUCCCCCAGAGCUCAGCCCUUCCUUGGGGAGUCAAAGGCCUGCUGCACAAAGGCUUUUGAGGCCCCUGCCUGUCCCUCUCACCCAUCCCUGCACACUGGACACAUCAGCCUACUGGGCCACUGACCCCCAGUUCCCACUCCCACCCGCUGUGUGGCAGGCCCUUUCCUGCUCCCCUCUGCUUGUGUGAUUUUUUUCCAGGGUGCAGAGCAAAGCUUGCCUCCUCCUGGAAGCCCUCCUAGCAUGCGUUUGAGCCCUGCGAUUGUGGGUCAGGAACAUUCAUAAAUUUAGACCUAAUCUCUCUUGGGGUCCCUGCCCCAGCCUCCUCGGGCCAUCCUACCUCUGGACUUGUCCCUCUGGCUCCCCUCCCACUCCGGCUACAACACGGGUCUGGCCAUGUCACUCCCUCCCCCAGAAACACUCUAAGGCUCCCCAUCACCAGCAGGGUAAAGUCCAAACUCUUUGGCCAGCCAUUGGAGUGCUUGUCCAGAGCACACUUCUCACCUUGCCCCAAUCCUGCCCUCCUCUUCCAUCCCCACGGGCUGUACCCUCACCUGGAACGGCAACCCUACCCCUCCACCUGUAAAUGACACUGUAAAGCCCAGCCCAAUGAGCCCAUUCAAUCUUCUGCCUUCACCCCUAGCUCUACUGUGUCACUGUUAGCUGACCCAGACCCGUUUCUCAGACCAAGCCAUGAGCUCUUCAAGGACAGGAAAGGGAAGAGAGAGGGGAAAUAACAUCGUUUCAUCCUCACCAUGACCCCGAGAGAAAGGUCUCAUUGUUCCCAUUUUACAGAGGACAAAAUUGAGGUGCACAGUGGCAAAGUGUCCCUGCCCCCAAGGCCACAGAGCCAGUGACUGGUGAAACCCCCCCCCCAAGGCCACAGAGCCAGUGACUGGUGAAACCCCCCCCCCAAGGCCACAGAACCAGCGACUGGUGAAACCAGGGGCCUUCAGGACCCCCGCUUCUCCCUCUGCUCGUGCCUGGCCCGGUGUGUGCAGUGGGGUGGGGGUGAGGGCCCGGUCUUUGGGGCACAGGAAGGGAGGGGCGGCCUUGCUAAGCCGAGUCCACCCCGGCAGGUGUCUGGCUCAGAUCUGCCCACCCCUGGAGCCAGGAAGGCAACUCAAUUACUUUCCAGGGGGAGAUAAGCCCUGAAGCUGAUGAUGUCGCAGCCGUGGCGUUGUGGGGUGAGCAGUCCAAAAGCACAAAGAGGCUGCAGAGCCGGGGUCAUUUCCGUUUUCGUAACAUGCAUUUUAUCCCCGGAGACAAAAGGCAUAGAGCUGCUCCUCGUGGAAACCGGGAAACCAGGGGGACUCUGCUAUAGAGAGGGAUGCGAAGGUAGCUGGUCUUGGGCCCCAGCUUUAUGGAAGCGCCCCCAUCUCAGCGGUAAACAAAACCCCGAUCGUUCCCCCACCCCGGGGCCAGGAAGCAGGGUCCAGUCUGCCUCCCCGUGCUCCUGAGGGGCUCCCCUGUUGCCCCCUCUCACCCAUCCCAGUAUACAGAGGCUGCUCAGUAAAUGCUCUCUCCCAUCCCUCUCCUGCUCUGAUCGUGGGGUGUGCGUGGCCCAGUUCCCGGUGUACUUUGUUUGUAAGCAUUUAUUGAACACCAACUCUGUACUAGAUGUUUAAAUGAUAAUGAUCAUUUCUUGAGCACCUCCUGUCUUCCCCUCUCCCCUCUUGGAUGCUUUAGAUAAUUCAUCUCAUUUAAUGAGCAGACACUAUUAUCAUAUCCUUGACAGGGCAGCAGCGUGUUGAAGUGGGUAAGAAAGCCAGCCCCAGAGCCAGGGUGGAAUCCCCACUGUUCACUAGCUAUGUAUCCCUGGGCGAAUGCCUCAGCCUCUCUGUGCCUUGGUAGCCUUGUCUGUAACACAGGGGUAAUAACAUUGCCUACUUCAGGGGCAGGAGGAGUUUGUUUGUUGGGAGGAGUAAAUGAGCUAAUAUAUGCAGAAGACUUACUGAAUGCACCAAAUAAGCGCUCAGCAAAUACUAGCUACCAAUGGGGAAGCUGAGGCUGGGACCUGCCCUCCCGCCCAGGUCACACCCAGGUCAGUGUGGCUCCUGACCACUGCACUCUACCGCCUGUCUGGGAGGCUUGGCCGGGGAGCUCACAGAGCCUGGGCGCUCUCUGUUUCUGGAGAUCACAUCCAGCUUUGGUGCUGGCUCUGCACUUUGCCGAGGUUUCAGGCAGGCGGGAACAGGGAGCUGAAUUUCAGUGGUUUUGAUCUGAGGUGACUUAAGUUGUAUGCAGAGCUCCACAUCAUUCCGACUUGGGCCUGGAUGUCAGGGGGUGUGGAUCCCAGCACUGGAAUCCCCUGACUUACCGUAGGAUCCCAGGCCAGUUAUUUUUCCCUCUGGACUCAGUUUCCGUGUCUGUCAAGUGGGCAUAACACCUACCCUGGGUGGCUCAUGUCUGCUGAGAGGAGCAAGUAAGAUGGUGAGUGAUUUGGAAAGCAUGAAAUCUAGGCAGACUUUGUGCCCAUCACAGAGAAAUCAGUGUAGCCUGGUAGUUAAGAACAUGUUCUCAGAGUGAAGGGGGGGUGAGUCCUGGCUGGGCUGGAAGGGCAAGUCACUUCCCCAGUCUGGGCCUCAGUUUUCCCAAGUGUGAAAUGGGGAGAUAAGAAACACUUUAUAGGGUUCUUGGGAAGAGUAUGUGUGUGAAAGGCUCAAACCCAGAGAGAUGAUGGGUCAUCACCCCCCACAUGGUUAUUGACCGCAUCCCUGAGCUCAGUGAGUGGUUAUAGCUCAAUUCCAUAAGGACUAAGCAAGUCCAACCACCAGUAUCAGCUCCUAAUGUUUGGAAAGCCCUCUGGUCUUUCCCAUCCAUUUUCUCGUAUUAGGAAAAGCAAACAAAGGAAUAAGCGUUUCAGCUUCAUGGCCCAUCACUCCACACCACCGUGUGGUUUCAGCUAAACAAGUUCAGACCUGGGGGUUUUUUUCCCAACUGCCCUUGGUGCUAUGAUCUUUUAAAGUAGACUUUGCUUAGCCUCAAAUCCCAAAUUCAACAGUCAUGGCAAGGUCUUAGCCAAGCACUGAGGUCCCUUCCUGCCCUCCCUGCUUCUUUCCACAGGCCCUACAGCAAAGGGUAAGCUGGCUGUUGAUUGAAUGAUCUGAGCCUCCCUCUCCUGCUCCUGCCUUGGGGGUCCUAGGUUCUUUGGGUUUUAUUGCUAAUUCCCGGAAAUGAUCUCAACUCUUAAAACAUAUUUUCUUCUUGCAUCAAAUAUUGAAGUGAUUGAUCCACUCACUCAUUUGUACCCAUAUUCAAACGGACACCUCCCACCCUCUGUACCUCCACCUCCGUCACUUCCUCCAAGGCCACCAUCUCCACCACAUCCAUCAAAACCAUAACCUCCAUGCACCUCGUCCUCCACCACCUCCGACUACAUCACGCCUUCCACCCUAACCGUGAUGUUCACAGCUACUUCUAUCCUGUCACCACCUCCCCCUCCCCCUCGUCCUUCGCCUCCAACACGACCUUUCCUACCUCCGCCAUCACCUCCAUCAUCUUCUCCACCGCUUCCACGCAGGGAUCCAUAAAGUUUAUGAAGGGCCUAAGUAACACAAAUUCUGCCAUUGAUUUCCUAUUUCAGAGGCAAAAGGUUUUCCCCGCAAAAGGCUGGAUGCUUAAGGACUCUGUAGCGGUUCAGAGAUGAAUAAAUCCUUUGAAAGGAUCAAAUUCAUUUCUGAAUUUGGAGAAACUGAGGUACACCCUAGGCCCUUGCCUGAAAUGCACAUACUCUGAUUCUAUACUGUGGGCAUUAAAAGAUAAAAACAAGACAAAACCUACAAACUUGGUUAGGUAUAUGGAAGUGCUUGGUGAGUGUGAAAACAUAAGAUUUUUCAUAAUGACGGGAAACAAGAGUUUCACCUCCCCAGAGCCUUUCCACAUUAUCUAACUGAAAUGUAUUGAUUCCUGUCUUCAGUAUGUGUGCAUUGAACAUCCUCUGUGUCAGGCACCAACUGGCUCUUGAAACAAUUCAAAUCAGACCUUCAUACAAGUUUUAUAGUUUUAGUGAGCACCUAAUAUGCACCAGGAGUUCUGCUGGGUGCAGGCCCCCAGAUAUCCAGAAACCUACCCACCUUCCAAUAAUGUAUUAAUAAGGAGACAGAGGUCAGAGGAUUAAGUUCUCACCCCAGUGAGAACCUGGGGAAGUCUCUUCUCUACUUCUGUGGACUUUGGCAGCACAUCUGGCCAAAAAGUAAUGGGGUGAGUUAUCCAGGGCAGUGUUUCUCCAGAUGUAUAAACAGAUCACCUGGAGGUCUUGUUAAAAUGCAGGUUCUAGCUCAGUAGGACUGGGGUGGGGCCUGGGAUUCUGCAUUCUUAAGAAGCCUCUGAGUGCUGCUGUUGCUGGGCUCCACAGACGAUGCUCAGAGAAGUGUUUCAUCUGUGCAAUGAAAACAUAUGGUUGUCUGGGACUGCCUGGACCAAAUGCUGGACCGAAGGCAUCUAGGUUCAGGGAGGACAGCCAAGGCUGCGAAAUGUCUCGUGGCCAUUUGGAAUUCUGCCUCCUCACAAGCUCCCAGCACAGCUGGUCAAAGUCACAAAAAUUCUAGCCUCUGCCACCUUCAGUCCCAGAAAACCAAAGUGAUCCCAAACAAUAGUCUGAACCUCUGUCCCAGGCCUUUAUUUCUGCAGACAGCACAUAUUUUUUGAAGACCUACUAAGUGCUGGGUUCUUUAUUAGAUGCCAGGGCUGCAGCGGUAAGCAGAGCAGACACAGCCCCUGCCCUGGAGUCAUCACCCUGGCAUGGGGCCAUUUCUGGGCCUCUUGUCCCCAAAUGAGGGACAGGAAGGGAUGGUGGUGGUGCGGGGGGAUAUGUUCCAUGUCCCCCCCACACCUACUCCCACAUAGUAGAUACAUUGGCUGAAUCGCCUGAAUGAAUUGAGAUGCCCCAGCCCCACACCCUCCCACAGAGUGCUGGGGUUGCUGCGAGCCUACACCCUGGCACGUAGUGGGCUCACAACCAAACUACUAAAUGACCAAGCCACACCUUGAGCUGGGUCCUGGAGAUGCAGACAUGGGACAGCCAGGGCAAGAACAGUCAGGAAAGCUCAUGUGAACUCUUAGUUUACUCGGUUUCCUCAAAUGUAAAAUGGGAAGAAUUUUGAUACCAGCUUCAUAAAGUUGUGGUGAGGCUUAAACGAGUAAAUAUGCAGGUACAGAGCUUAACACCUUGCCAGGCACACAGUAGGUGCUCUAUAAGUAUUGGCUGCCAGUUAUAGAUGAGAGACAUGACCCUUGCCCUCAGCCUUCAAUAGCUGAUGGAAGGAAGCCCUUGGUAUGGCUUUCAAAGCACGCCUCACCCCAACCUUCUGUGCCUCUUAUCAGAUGUUGCCACCCUCUAUUUCCCUGCCUUGCCAAACCCCUCACGGCUCUUCCAUCAGGCCAUGCCUUUUCACACAUCUAAGUCUCUGCCCAAGCUACUCCCUCCAUCUGAAAGGCCUUUUUUUUUUUUUUUGCUGGAACCCUCUCCACUCAGGGGCCACCUCUUGAGUUCCCACAAGCUCCUGUCCCCAUCCCAGCACUUGUCCAGGGAAGCAGAACUGCCUAUGUUUGCGUGGCCAAUCCAACGGGUGCUCAAGGGUGAAGGCUUGAGUCAUCCAUGUCACCCAGCACCAGGCCUGGUCCCAGCGAGGUGCUGGCUGGUGAGCGCUGAGUGGACAAAGGCUCCUCAUCUACCAGGUCUCCCUUUCAAUGUCACCUCCUCAGGGAGACCUUCCUUGAUCACCUGUUCUCUACUCCAGAGGUUCUCAAACUAGCUUGCAUCGGAAGGACCUGAAGGAUUUGUUAAACACGGGAUUUCUGAUUCAGUUAAGUCUGGGGCGGGCCCUGAGAAUUUGCAUUUUUAAAAAUUACUCUGCCCCACGACCCUGUUUUAUCUCCCUCAAGGCACCCAUCACUCUCUGAAACGAUGUUUAUUGCUUAUUUGUCUUGUGUCUCCACUGACAUCCCAUUUAAGCUCCACUAGGGCAAGAAUUUGGGGCUGUCUUGUUCUGCGCUCAGCACGGUGCUGGGCCCAGGACUGAAUGAACGCCCGAGGUUGAAAAUAAAGUGAUAGACGGUCCGCUGGGCGAAGGGACCAGGAAGUCCCCAGAAGCCCAACUCGCCAGCUUCACCCCGCCCCUCCCACCCUCGUGCCUUGAACCUCGUGCAGCUCCCCGAGUCCCCGCGGCCAUGGCCCCUUUAAAUGUGCGCGGGGACGCCUCGCCCCUCGGCUCCCUUGAUCCCUGACAGAGCAGAAAGGGGAGAGGAAAAAAAAAAAGUCUUCCUCUCCGGGAGCGGGAGGAAACGUCUAGGAGGGGGCGGAGGGGCAGCGGCGGCAACGGCGGCACGGGCAGCGGCGCGGCGACCAGAGCGCAGCGCGCGCGGAGCUGGGAGCCAGGAGCGGACGCAACACCGCGCGCUGUCCCGGCCGCUGCCCCCGGCCCCGCCCCCAGAGGCUCGCGCCCUGCUCCCCCCUGGCCCUGCGCGCCGCGCGGAGUCCUGAGUGAACGCGACGCCGCGCGCCCUACGUUCGCGCCCCUUCCCCUCCCUGCCCCCGCCCAGCCCCGCCCAGCCCCGGAGGCUCGCACCCCCCAAGCCCCCACUUGCCCUGCGCGCUGCGCGAAGUCCGGCGCGCGCCGGGGGCGGGGCAGGCGCCACGGGGUGCGGGCCCCGCGGGGCGGCCAUGGAGUGAGGCGGCGCGCGGACUCGUGCUCGGAAGGACGGACGCACCGACGGGCGGUCCCUGGCUUCGCGCGCUGGAAGAUGAACAGAGCAGAUUCACCCAAACCACCAGUUGCUCCUAAGCCGAAGGCUGCCAGUCCCCUCACGCCAGUGACGGCACCCAAAUUCUCCUCGUCACCCCGGCCCGAGUGUCUUCACAGUCCCAACUCCAUGUCCAGGGGGCCGAAACCCCCCAUCGCCCCAAAGCCCAGGCUGGCUACCCCCAGUGAGUGGAGGGCCAGCAUCUACAUGAUCAACAGCUUGAACAAAUGCAGCAAUGGGAAGCUGCCCUGCGUAGACAGGGGGCUCUACGACGAGCACCGGUCCACCCCGGAAUGCUCCGAGCCCGAGGCAGACGAGGAUUACAUCGUGGCCCCCGGGGCUCCGGCAGCAGAGGACGGACCCAGGGAUGGGGGCUCCGUGGAGAAUGCAGUCACGGUGCCUCCAGAGGCCAGCGGUGGGGAGGAGUGCCAAGAGAGAGGCAAGGAGUGUGAGCAGGAAGGGGCAGCAGCUGCAGAGGACUGGGCAGCCCCGGCUGAAGCGGUGCUGGGUGGAGAGGACGAUGGAGGCGUCACCCCCACUCCUGAGAACAUGGAGGUGGAGGACUGUGCCUGUGCCCCGGGGGCAGAGGAGCAGAAGUUCACAAGUGACGAUGAGGAGAAGCAGGUGGAAGAACACAGCGUGUACAGCCUGGAGGACGGGGGUGCUGGGGAUGGAGAGGCGGUCCUUCCAAGCGAUAUCAUUCUAACUCACCUAGAUGCAGAGGACCCAGCAGCUCGUGGUGAGGAGCCUGGGCCGCCUGUGACACCCGGGGAGUCAGAGGAGGAUGGUGAGGAAGGCCGCACCAACACAGAACUGGGGGCAUCAGACGAGUGUGUGGGCUCUGACGGGCCCCCUGAGCGGGACGCUGCCGAUGGCAGCGAGGAGCCCCCAGAGAACGAGGGGUUGGCCCCCGGUGUCCCGGAGGCGGAGGUGGCCACAGACAGCCCUGACAUCUCCCAGGAGGCGUGUGAAGAUGCCCCAGGAGGUGGUGGCCAGGAUGGUCAGGAUGAGCCAGCUGAUCAGAAAGAGAAACCUGACCCAGAAGCAACAGCAGUGGUCACCCAGGAGGCAGGAGGGGACCCUCAAGAAGGUGAGGACCCUGUGCAGGAUGAAGGAGCUGAGGAGAGCUGCCAGAUCAUUCCUUUCGAGAGGGACUGUGUGGACGACUUUGUGGCUCCACUCUCAGGACGUCCCUACGAGUUCUUCCCAAGCGAGAGCACCUCUUUCUGUAGCGAGAGCUGCUCUCCUUAUUCCGAGUCAGCACAAAGCUUAGAGUCCGAGCAGGAGCCGCGGUCAGGGGAACGGGCGCAGCAGGACCCCGUGGCUGGGCCUGGAUGUGGCCGGCGUGGCUCCCUGCAGGGUGGCGCCGGGGAGGGACCCUCUGUCCCUGACGUGGUGGUCAUGCCAGAGGAGGAGGAUGCCGUGGACGACGCGCUCGCCAACCCCUAUGAGAUGGGCGUUGGCCUGGCGUGUGGGGUGGACCCUGGGGAGGAGGAGAAGCCUGAGGCACAGGCUGCCUCGGGCACCGCGAAUGGCUGUGGAUUGAAGGAAGAGGUGAGCUCUGAUGCGGAGGGCAGCCUGGUCCCCAUCGACAGGAAGAAUGUCACCACGAGGGCCAGGCCCCACUCCGGGAAGAUGGCUGGCUACGUCCCAGAAACUGUCCCGGAAGAAACGGGACCGGAAGCUGGCUCAUCAGCCAUUGGCAUUGGGGGUGUCACCAAGGAGGCGAGGAAGGCGGUCCUGUCAUUGGAGGGGAAGCCGCUGGACGUCGGCAGGGCCUUGCCAGCAAAGCCCAGAGCCUUCACUCUGUACCCGCGAUCGUUCUCCGUGGAAGGCCGAGAGAUCCCCAUGUCCCUGUGCCGGGAGCCCGAGGCGUGUGGCCUAGACGGCCACGGGAUCAAGAGGAAGGACGACAACCUCUCUCUGCCCUGUGUGAUUGGCUCCUCUGGCAGCUUCUCUCAGAGGGGCCACCUCCCAUCCAGUGGCACCUCCACCCCGUCUUCCGUGGUUGACAUCCCGCCCCCUUUUGACCUGGCCUGCAUCACCAAAAAGCCCAUCACAAAGAGCUCCCCCUCGCUCCUGGUGGAGAGUGAGCCCCCGGACAAGCACACCAAGAAGAAGAAGCCGUCCUUUAAGCGGUUCCUGGCGCUGACGUUUAAGAAGAAGACAGAGAGCAAGGUGCACGUGGACGUCAACGUGUCUUCGUCCAGGUCCUCCUCAGAGUCCAGCUACCAUGGGCCGGCCCGGCUCCUGGAGAUGGACCGGAGGAGCCUCAGCAACUCCCCGCAGCUCAGAGCGAGGACCGGCAAGCUCCGGGCUUGCGACUCGCCCUCCUCCCUCAUCUUCUACAGGGACGGCAAGAGGAAGGGCGUCCCCUUCAGCAGGACGGUGUCCAGGGUGGAGUCCUUCGAGGACCGCUCCCGGCCUCCUUUUCUGCCCCUGCCCCUGACCAAGCCGCGCUCCAUCUCAUUCCCCAAUGCUGACACUUCGGACUACGAGAACAUCCCGGCCAUGAACUCGGACUAUGAAAAUAUCCAGAUUCCACCUCGGAGGCCCCCAAGGGCCGGGACGUUUACGAAGCUGUUUGAAGAUCAGAGCAGAGCCCUGUCCACAGCAAACGAGAAUGACGGCUACGUGGACAUGAGCAGCUUCAACGCCUUCGAGAGCAAACAGCAGAGUGCAGACCAGGAGGCAGAAAGCGCCUACACAGAGCCCUAUAAGGUCUGUCCCAUCUCGGCAGUGGCCCCCAAGGAGGACCUCACGUCGGAUGAAGAGCGGGGAAGCUCGGAGGAGGAGGACAGUGCUCCAAGAGACCCCAGCCUCACCCACAAGGUGGACGGACAGUCCAGAGCCCACGUCAUAGCACAGGAACUGCUGUCUUCAGAGAAAGCAUACGUGGAGAUGCUCCAGCACCUACAUCUGGAUUUCCAUGGAGCUGUCAUGGGGGCCUUGGAUGAGAUGGACCAAGAGGGCAAGGACACGUUGGCCAGGGAGGAGCUGCGACGUGGCCUGAGUGAGCUCCCACCCAUCCGCGACCUUCACCAGGGGAUCCUGGAGGAGCUGGAGGAGAGGCUGUCACACUGGGAGAGCCAGCAGAAGGUGGCUGAUGUCUUCCUGGCCCGGGAGCGGGAGUUUGAGCACCAUGCCGCUCACAUCCAGCAGUUUGAUAGGUACCUGAGUCUGCUGGGUGAGAAUUGCCUCCAUGCCCCCCGGCUAGCAGCUGCCGUCCGAGAAUUUGAGCAGAAUCAGCAAGGAGGUGGCCAGAACGUGAAGCACCGGCUGCUGAGGGUGGUUCAGCGCCUGUUCCAGUACCAAGUGCUCCUCACAGACUAUUUAAAUAACCUUUGCCCGGACUCGGCUGAGUACGAUAACACACAGGGUUCGCUGACCCUCAUCUCCAAGGUCACAGACCGCGCCAAUGACAGCAUGGAGCAAGGGGAAAACCUACAGAAGCUGGUCCACAUUGAGCACAGCGUUCGGGGCCAAGGGGAUCUCCUCCAGCCAGGAAGGGAGUUUCUGAAAGAAGGGACACUGAUGAAAGUAACAGGGAAAAACAGACGCCCCCGACACCUGUUUCUGAUGAGUGAUGUGCUCCUGUACACGUAUCCCCAGAAGGAUGGGAAGUACCGGCUGAAGAACGCAUUGGCAGUGGCCAGCAUGAAGGUCAGCCGCCCUGUGAUGGAGAAAGUGCCCUAUGCCCUGAAGAUCGAGACUUCCGAGUCCUGCCUGACCCUGUCUGCAAGCUCCUGUGCAGAGAGGGACGAGUGGCACAGCUGUCUGAGCAGAGCCCUCCCUGAGGACUCCAAGGCCCAGGCUCUGGCUGCCUUCCAGCAUAGCGUGGAGAUACGGGAGAGGCUGGGGGUCAGCCUGGGGGAGAGGCCCCCGACCCUAGUGCCUGUCACACACGUGAUGAUGUGCAUGAACUGUGGCUGUGACUUCUCCCUCACCCUGAGGCGCCACCACUGUCACGCCUGCGGCAAGAUCGUCUGCCGGAACUGCUCAAGGAACAAGUACCCUCUGAAGUACCUCAAGGACCGCAUGGCCAAGGUGUGUGACGGCUGCUACGGGGAGCUGAAGAAGAGGGGCGGGGACAUCCCAGGCCUGAUGAGAGGGCGGCCCGUGAGCAUGAGCUUCCCCCUGUCCUCCACCCGCUUCUCGAGUAGCGCCUUCUCAUCCGUCUUCCAGAGCAUCAACCCCUCAGCCUUCAAGAAGCAGAAGAAAGUCCCUUCGGCACUGACCGAGGUGGCCGCCUCCGGAGAGGGCUCCGCCAUCAGCGGUUAUCUCAGCCGUUGUAAGAAAGGGAAGAGGCACUGGAAGAAGCUCUGGUUUGUCAUCAAAGGCAAAGUGCUCUACACCUACAUGGCCAGUGAGGACACAGUGGCCUUGGAGAGCAUGCCCCUCCUAGGUUUCACCAUUGCGCCAGAAAAGGAGGAGGGCAGCAGCGAAGUAGGACCUAUUUUUCACCUUUACCACAAGAAAACCGUAUUUUAUAGCUUCAAAGCAGAGGAUACCAAUUCGGCUCAGAGGUGGAUCGAAGCCAUGGAAGAUGCGAGUGUGUUAUAGCAGUUAUCAAGCACGUGGACUCAGAGUAUACUCUUAGGUUGAUGCGUGGACCCUUCCAGAAGCCAAUCUGUGUCUCCACUCAUCUGGACACACAUCUCGAUUCAGCAUGGGGGCUGACCUUGUUUGCUGUAACCCCUCUCUCACACCUUCACAAGUGGAACCCUUAAGGGAUAUUUAUGGACCUUUUCUGUCUUCGUGUUUUCCACCCCCGCCCCAGGCAUAAACUAUUUCCUUUUCCAGUAGUGAGUUAAAAUUUAGUAACAUGAAGACGUGGAAACCAAUAGAGAAGUACAUUUUAGAAAUGCAAGCUUUUUAGUAGAAACAAGCUUUUACAAUUUUUACUCCUGGUAAACAUGAUGACCUUUCACGUUGUUGAUGUCAGUGCCUCAGGUGAAAUGAGAAACAACCAGCAAAUAACAGCUACUCUCAUCAAAAGCACUUUAUUGUUUUACUGAGCAACAACCUCCAGUUUUAUUUUUUCCAAGGGAUUUACUUAAGUAAAUGGUAGAUGGAGUCCUGUGGACUAAUCUGCCACCAGUACUGGCUGUGGCGCAAGGAGGCGACACCAGGAGGGUCUCCCUUACCACGGAGGGUGCAGGGCCACGUGGCACUGGAGCACAAGGGGAGGACUCUCUCCUCCAAGUGCCCGCCCGCCCACUCGACCUGCAGACCGACAGGGCUUCCGAAAGGAGAUAUUCCUUCCUCCCCACGGCAGUCCCAACACCAGAGUAGUGCGGGAAACUCCGCUGCUGGCAGAUCCGGCCCCCGCCCCCAGAGGUCACUGCAGACCCUCCGAAGAGACAGAGGUCUGCUUUAAUUUAUUGUGUGCCUUCCUGAGUUUACCCCGCACAAGCUGACGUCGUUACGCUUGUGAGAACUGUUCUUGUUUUCGACACGGUGAUCCUUCUGCUGUAUUCCUGAAGCCUUGAAAGAGACAAAAGGAGAGAAAACAAGAUGCAAUCAGAAGGUGAAUUCGUGGUCUUGGCCAGUGGCUCUGGACACAGCGAGGGAGCACAGAAAUAGUGGCUUGAAGAUCCUCUCUGGGCGCCUGGGGCUCAGUCACCUCCCCGCUGAUGACUGCUGCUCACGAUGCUGGACGUGUUUUUACAUAAAGCAGAGUGGUGGGGGGACUCCUUGUUACUCUCAUCGAAAUAAAAAACCAUCAUCACACUU